AUAGCUGAGAGAUCGAGAGAGCCUCUUACGUUGCCGCCUGUCUGUUACCCUAUCCAUCGAUACGUACUUCCCAUCGAUCCGAAUACCUUCUUCCGUACCUCCAACCUACGCGUGUGUUUCAGACGGAGCCUCGCCGACUUAGCCCCCUUAAGGCGAUCCUUUGACUUGGAAGGAGCAGAAACACGAUCCACGUCUCAAACUUGGUUUUGAUCUUGGCCAUCCUGAUAUAAGCCAUAUUGAUACGAUGUCGCCCUGCAUAGGAAGAACGUCAUGUUGGGAAAUAGAAUGCCCUCGAGAUCACUAGCUAGAGAGCUCUUUCGACCCAUUCCUACUUUACCUAGCCUCCGAACUGUCCUCAACAAAUAACGAACAAACUUCAUUACGCCCUCGCUCAGGGCCAUAACCACAACCACCCCACUCUCAUGUUCAGCCGGCGCAACCCAACAUCAGCCUACGGCUCCACCCGUCCCAACUACUUCUCCUCCUCAACCUCCGGCCACCCUCGUCUCUCUCCUCCGAAAGGGUGGAAGAUCGCGCUCGUCGUAACCUCCAUCUCCCUGUUACUGAUCAUCGAGGUAGUCGUAGUAGUUCCUAUGCUGGACCCUUCUGUACCGGGGAUGACGCUUUUCACUUAUAAGCCCCAAGGUGGAAAUAAUGGAGGGAAUGGAGGAGAGUUCGCUGUAGGGAGUUGUCAGAUCGGGAACGGAAGUGGAGGAGUACAGAGUUUGCCAUGCAUCGAAAGCCUAGCCAAGACCGACAUCCAAGGCGGCUUCUCCAACGUUCCCGUCAUCCUCAAACUAUCCUCCGUCUGGAUCGGAAUCUUCCUCGGGUGUCUCUUUUUGGCCGUAGACGCUUGGUCCGGCUUACGUCGGUCCGGGUACCACACCCAAAACCAAUCGAUGUCUUCAUACGGACAACAACAAGGAGCGGGGAUGUACGGGCAGAGUAAGAAGGGAGUCUUGGUGGUCCACUUGGUAGUGGCGAUCUUGUUCUUCUUUUUAUGGUUGAUGACAGCCAUCUGGACGGCGAGUACACCGGGGGUCGGCGCUCAACCCCUCGGAGUCGCCUACCUGAUCAUGACCCCUCUAUUCACGCUGACCUGGCUAGUACCAGUCUUCAUGGGCGCAUUUAAAGCCGCUCCCGAAGAUCUGACGGCGCAGCACGGUCAACAACGAAGUGGAUAUUGGUAGACACGUAGCACGCAGCUAGAGAGACGUCUGUCCCUCGUGAUCUGGGACUUGUAUCAUGAGGCCUUCCGCUCGAGGGUUUCGGUCCGCAUGCGAGAUUCUUUUGUGUAUAUUUGAUUUGAUUCUUUGUUGCUUUUUCGAUCAUGGGCGAUUAUCUCU